AUGUCGAGUACAACGAACCCGGGCAUCAGAAUCGCUAUCGAUAGAGGAGGCACUUUUUGUGAUUUCUGGGCGAGCAUCCCCGGCCGUGAAGAUGCCUUGAUCUUCAAGCUGCUGUCAAACUCCCCUGGGGAGUAUGACGAUGCUCCCAUCGAAGGAAUCCGCCAGAUCCUGGAGAAGGCCACAGGGAAGGAAAUCCCCAGAGGAACACCUAUCGAUAUCACUCCCGUGGAGUCUAUCCGCAUGGGAACGACAGUUGCGACCAAUGCACUGCUCGAGAGAAAAGGAGAGCGCGUGGCGCUCGUGAUCACCAAGGGCUUCCGUGACUUGCUCAUCAUUGGAAACCAAGCCCGACCCAGCAUCUUCGACCUGUCUGUCUCUAAGCUGGACCGGCUGUAUGAGAAGGUGGUCGAGGUGGAUGAGCGCGUCACGGUGGAAGGCUUUGCCGAAGACCCCGAGCCCAAACCGAUUGAUAUCAAGUCCGACCCCGAUCUCGUCGAAGGUCUCACAGGUGAGGCCAUUCGGAUCCUCAAGAAGCCAGAUCUAGACCAGGUCAAGAAGGACCUCCAGUCCCUGUGGGAUGAAGGCUUCCGUACGCUGGCCAUUGCCUUCAUGCACUCAUUCUCUUUCCCGGAGCACGAGGCCGCAGUGGCGUCCAUUGCACGAGAGAUGGGAUUCAAUGUCUCCGCCUCUGCAGAGCUCCAACCGAUGAUCAAGUUGGUGUCUAGAGCCCAGUCCACCACUGCAGAUGCCUACCUUUCGCCCGUUAUCACUGAAUAUCUCGAGGGCUUCCGCAAAGGCUUCAAGGGUAACCUGGAAGACGAAAACGCGAAGAAGCUACUCCUCUGUCAGUCGGACGGUGGUCUCACUUCCUUCUCCAGAUUCACCGGUCUGCGUGCCAUCCUCUCUGGACCUGCUGGAGGUGUGAUCGGAUGCGCCAGAACCUGCUACGACGAUGAAGACGGAACACCCGUCCUUGGUUUCGACAUGGGCGGUACUAGCACUGAUGUCUCGCGCUAUAGCGGUUCUCUAGACCACGUCUUUGAGACGACAGUCUCCCAGGUUGCCAUCCAGAGUCCCCAGCUCGAUGUACACACCGUCGCGGCCGGAGGCGGUUCCAGACUGUUCUGGAGAAAUGGCCUCUUUGUGGUUGGACCCGAGUCGGCCGGAGCCUAUCCAGGUCCCGCCUGCUACGGCAAAGGCGGUCCAUUGACCAUCACUGAUGCCAACUUCUUCCUUGGCCGUAUUCUGCCGGAUUACUUCGCGCGGAAGUUGGAUUUUGACGUCGUCCGUGAGAAGUUCCUGCAGUUGACGGAAGUGGUGAAUGCCGAGAAGAAGGGCACCGAGAAAUUGACCCCUGAGGAGGUGGCAAUGGGUUUCCUGAUGGUCGCCAAUGCUGCCAUGACUCGACCGAUCAGAACGAUAAGUGAAGGCAGAGGUUUUGAGACUGCUUCGCACAACCUCGUCUGCUUCGGAGGAGCUGGUGGACAGCACGCAACAGCCAUUGCUCGCGAUCUCGGUAUCAAGCGUGUCUUGAUCCACCGCUUCUCGAGUAUCCUCUCCGCUUACGGUAUGGCAUUGGCCGAUGUGGUUGUUGAGACACAGGAACCCGAGGCUACGACUUACGAUGAAAACGCCGCUGAACGUAUUGCCAAGCGAGCUACUCAGAUGAAGCAGCGUGCUGCUCAGCAGCUCGUCUCCGAAGGCUUCACUGAGGAGCGUAUUGAGCACGAGACCUUCCUGAACAUGCGUUACAAGGGCAGUGACACUUCCCUCAUGAUUGCCGCUUCAGAGGGCUCUGGAGACUUCGCCGAAUCCUUCGUCGCCCGGCAUAAGCGUGAAUUUGGCUUCACCCAGCCAAGACAGAUCCUUGUUGACGAUAUCCGAAUUCGAUCCGUGGGCAAGAGCAAGGAGGUGAAGGUUACCAGUCCCUUCAAGCAGCUUCGAGAGAUUGAGCGGUCCGCGGCCGCGAACCUGGAGCCGGCUCACAUCCGAAAGGUCUACUUCGAGAAGGAAGGAUGGGUCGAUUCCAAGAUUUUCCACCUCAAGGACGUCCCCAAGGGCAGCAUUAUCCUCGGCCCGGCCAUGAUCAUUGACGAAACCCAGACUAUCGUCGUUGACCCGGCAAGUGAAGCGACCGUUCUCCAGGAGCACAUCCUCGUCCAGCUCCUGGAUGCUGAGGUCAAGAAGGUUUCCGCAGAGGAAGUUGACCCAGUUCAGCUUUCUGUUUUCGGACAUCGCUUCAUGAGCGUUGCUGAGCAGAUGGGUGAGACGCUCAGAAAGACGUCUAUUUCCACAAACAUCAAAGAACGUCUGGACUAUAGUUGCGCCGUCUUUUCGCAGGAGGGAAGACUCGUCGCUAACGCUCCUCAUAUCCCUGCCCAUCUGGGUUCGAUGAGUUAUGCCAUCGCCUACCAAGCAAAGAAAUACGGCAAGGAUGGACUGAAGCCCGGCGACGUUAUCCUGUCUAACCAUCCUAUUGCUGGAGGCACACACCUUCCCGAUCUGACUGUUACUACUCCCGUGUUUGACGAGCAGGACCCUACUCGUAUCCUGUUCUUUGUCGCGAACAGAGGUCACCAUGCUGACAUUGGAGGUAUCAUUCCCGGAUCGAUGCCGCCGAAUUCCACGGAGUUGUGGCAGGAGGGCGCUGCCAUCGAAUCAUUCAAGCUGGUCAAGGAAGGACACUUCGACGAAGAGGGUCUCAGAUACCACCUUAUCGACAAGCCUGCCAGCUACCCCGGUUGCAGCGGAACUCGUACCUGGAAUGACAAUAUAUCCGACCUCAAGGCUGGUAUUGCGGCUAACCACCGGGGAAUCCAUCUCAUCCAAGGUUUGGUCAGAGAGUACAGCUGGCCGGUCGUGCAAUUGUACAUGGAUGCCGUCCAGAAGAACGCCGAAGAGACUGUCCGGUCACUCCUGAAGGAUUUCAGCCGACGGUUCCAAGGACGCCCGCUUGAAGCUGUUGACUACUUGGACGACGGAACCCCGCUCGCGUUAAAGAUUACCAUCAAUCCCGAGGAUGGUUCUGCAAAGUUCGACUUCACUGGUUCCGGACCGGAAGCUCUGAACAACUUGAACUGCCCUCCGGCUAUCAUGUACAGUGGAAUCAUGUACUGCCUGCGUUCCAUGAUCUCCUCCGACAUCCCGCUCAACCAGGGUUGCCUGAACCCAAUCGACGUUAUCUGCCCGCCAAACUCCAUCCUGUCGCCCAGCAUGAAGGCAGCAACUGUUGGAUCCAACGUCGAGACGUCUCAGCGAGUUGUCGAUGUCAUCUUCAGAGCCUUCCGAGUUAGUGGCGCCAGCCAGGGCACGUGCAACAACCUGACGUUCGGUUAUGGUGGAAAGGAUGCCAAUGGAAAUGUUACCAAGGGCUUUGGAUACUAUGAGACCAUUGCAGGCGGCGCAGGCGCUGGAGCAAACUGGGAUGGCCAGAGCGGUGUCCACACGCACAUCACCAAUACCAGAAUGACUGACCCCGAGACCCUGGAGAAGCGCUAUCCUGUCAUACUGCGCGAGUUUGCCAUUCGCAAGGGCAGUGGUGGUGCGGGCAAGCAUCGCGGAGGUGAUGGGUGCGUGCGUGACAUCGAACUCAGACGGCCGAUGCAGGUCAGUAUCCUGUCGGAACGCCGAGUCAACGCGCCCUAUGGAAUGGCAGGCGGCGAGGAGGGCCAGCGAGGUGUGAACUUGUGGAUUCGCAAAGAUCCCGAGGAUGGCACCGAGAGAACCAUCAGCGUCGGUGGUAGGGCGACCAUGCAGAUGAAUACUGGAGACCGUAUCAUCAUCUUGACUCCUGGCGGUGGUGGCUACGGCGUCCCAGAGGAUAAGAAGGAAGCCGUGGAAGUAAUUGGCGAAUUUACUAUUAACAGGCAGGCGUAG